UGACCACACAUUAAUUAUCAUGUGGCUGGCAGGCUCCCGGGGGCUGUCGUCCAACAACCGCCUGAGGACCGUUCCAACAUACUCACUACAGAAACCUAAUCUGAGACUGUCUGCCGCCAAUUUUGUUCCCUCCAAGAUGCCACUCGAGCCAAAGGUCAUCGAAGUUACCCCACUGGACACUGAUCAAGCAAAAUGGAUCGGAUUGAAGAAGAUACACUACAUUGAUCAAGACGGGAAGAAGCGCGUCUGGGAGAGUGCAGAACGUAGAACACGCGGUGCGUCCGGUGUAGACGCGGUUGCCAUUCUUGCGAUUCUGCGUUCCAAGACAAAUGCGUUUCCGUUAUCGACAGUCGUCAUCGAACAGUACCGACCUGCAGUUGACAAGUUCGUUAUAGAGCUCCCCGCGGGUUUGUGGCGCAUACCUGCCAUCCUUGAAUCACCCGAACACUUGCUUUGUCCUACAGGUUUAAUCGACAAAAACGAGACAGCAGAACAAGCUGCGGUCCGUGAACUGGAAGAGGAGACAGGCUACAAGGCUGAGAAGGUCACGGAAUCAUCCCCUAUCAUCUUCUCAGAUCCAGGUAGGCCAUCGUAUGGGGAGCACUGGAGUUGUUGGGCAAUGUGGGCGCUCUUCGCUCACUUUUGGGCCAUAGGAAUGUCGAACGCGAACAUGAAGCUUGUAGUGGCCAGCGUGCCAAUGAAUGACCAGCUCGAAAUGCCAGAUUCGAAGCUGGACGUGGGCGAGCAUAUCGUGAAGCGGGUCAUUGCACUUGACAAGUUGAAUACUACGUUAAAGGAAUACGAUGAGAAAGUGAGUGUGUGGUCUUCGCAGCACGAAGAGCAUUUCCUCAUUCGCGACAGGGCUACGUAGUGGAUGCAAGACU